UGUUGCGGGUUCUAAAAGAUGCUAUUCCCGGGGUGGCCCCAAAAAAUGUAAUGUCGGAUUUUGAGAUGGCAUUUUUAAAAGCCGUUACACUAGAAUUUCCCGAGUGUGAAAUCAAAGGGUGUUUAUUCCAUUUCGGUCAAGCACUUUGGCGUGGUAUACAAGAUCACGACCUUGCGCCAUUGUACCGCGAGAGCAGCCGCGUAGCUCGUAAUUUGCGAAUGUUAUUCGCAUUGGCAUUCGUUCCUUCCUGCGAUGUCACUUACGCGUACGAUGCUUUGCUGCAGUCGAAAUUUUUCACGGAUAAUGAGAAAGAUUUGAGAGGUUUUCUCGAUUAUUUUGAGCACACUUGGGUUGGCGUGUUAGGUCGUCGUAAAGUACGACGCGGCGCAAUGUUUGACAUUUCUUUGUGGAACCACUACUCCUCAGUGAUGGUGGCUGUUGCUCGUACCAACAAUGCAGUGGAAGGAUGGCACCAAGCACUAAAUCAGAGAGCAAAUGGUUCGCAUCUCGUACUGUGGAAAAUGAUUGAGUUGCUUCAAGCAGAGCAGGGUCUCGUUGACGCUCACAUUGCGCGCGCGAAUGCUCACGCUCCUGCGAAUAAUAGAAACAAGCGCUACAAAGACAACGAUGCGCGAUUGAAGAGUCUCGUUGCAGCCUACAACCGACAGGAUGUGUUACAAUAUUUGAAGAAUGUCGCUGCCAAUCUAUCGUUAUAA